UUAAACUGUCAGACACAAACUCCAAGCUCCCACACUAGAAAUAGUGGAGACUCGGAGGAAAAGCGCAGGGUCAAGGAUCCACAUGGAAAUCGGAUCUGCAUCUGGGGGUCAUCUGGACACCAAAGACCGAAAGUAAAGCGACAUUAGGACGCGGAACAUCGGAGGCUCAAGACGUUAAAAACCCUCGGAAUCAGAAUGUCAGAGAUGGAUGGUCCCACUGUAACAGGCGUGAGCGUUAUGGAAUCAGAUAAUUCACUCCAUCAGAAGGAUAAAGGACCUGUGAUUGGUGGUUUGCGUCUUCGAUCUGCUCCUGGUGCUUGUGUGCUCUUUGCUGGGGUUUUGUUACUGGUUGGCAUUGGAGUGGCCGUCAGUGGAUACUGGCCCCAUCGCCAUCGAAGACCAGUGCCAUAUCAUGCGCCAUCUGGUCGCACGCCCUCAGAAAAACUGAAAUUGGUUGGCCCUAUUAUUAUGGGAGUAGGCCUUUUCAUCUUCAUUUGUGCAAACACACUACUCUAUGAGAACCGGGACCACAGGCUGAAGCAAGCCAGACAAAAAAAUUAUUCACUGAAGGAGCGGCGAAACUCAAAAAACUGCUCAGAACCUGAAACGAUCACCAACACAAACACUCUGGCUUUCUCUGAACUAAACAUUCACUGCCUGCACGAAGGUGAUGCUGCUUCUGCACUCAAGUGCUUUUCCCCUUCCUCUGCCUCUUUGAACUCCAGUCAGAUGAACUUUGACCUUCCAGAAAGCACAGAUGCUGUUAUGUUGAUUCCGCCAGUAAUCAAGCUGAACAGCUGCCUUAUAAGAUGCCCAAAUGCUCCGUCCCUUCUACAACACUUACCAGACUACGGUGAGAUGGGCCAAUGUAAAAGGGCAGGACAAAUAAUAACAGAGCAUUCAGGUUUAUCGUUAACAAGUACGGGAGAGUGUGAACCAUUACAGUAUACACAGACUGGGGAUAAGUAGCCAUAAAGUCUAAGAUUUCUGUUGCUAUCACAUUUAAACUAGAAAAAGAUCUCUAAAGCAGCCUUGGGUUCUUUGGUUUGUGCCUCUUGUGAACCUGUAUGUGUUCUGUGUAGAAGCCCAUAACAAAGUAUUUAUUUCUUAAAUAUCCAAAGAUAGAAGACUUCUUUUUUUUUAUUCUUUUUUACCUAGAACACUUCAGUUCUCUGUCUAAGGAAAGCAUAAAAAAUGCCAUGUUGAACCGUAGGAAUCGGUGUCUUCCUAAAAGAAAGGCUUCCUAGUAGAAUCCUUUUAGGCGCUAAAAACCUUUAACUAUCCAAAGAAUCCUUCAAUUUCAUUUUACAAUUGUAUAUUCUUUAUAACAAGCAGAUUUAGUGCCGUAAAUGAUUGUAUGUAUGAUUGUAUGUAAGAUUUUGUGCCAUACAUGCAUUUUUUCCACUGGGGAAAACCACCUGAAGAUGCUGUGAGGAAAACUAGAAAAAAAUAUACUUCGUCUAACCCAAUCUUAUUCAAAGGACACUGGAUUUUUCCAGAAAUAUAUAACUCUAAAAUCUAGAACUCUUCAGGGUUCAUUGGUUGUUUGUGAGAAUCUUUAAAGCCACAAAUGAAGUACAAUAAUUUUUGGAAGGUAACAUUAAAUUAAGCCUUUUAAGUAUUUUUUACCAGGAGAUCUUGGUUUAACUGCACAUUAAUGUUUAAAUGUUUAAUGUAGUGUUAAUGUUUGUAAUGUAAAUGUCACAUCAUUAUUUAUUUCACAUUUUUGUGCACCAGGCACCCCCCAUUUUGUAGAAUUGGGCCCUUGUAAUAGAUUUGUUUUUCGGAAACAAAGUGGAUUUCAAUAUAUUCGUUUUAAUUAGCAUCUUUUGAAGGGCAAGACACCCACAGAUUAUAAGAGGCAAUUUGAGUCCACAUGUAAAUUCGAGGCAAAACAUCAGGCAAUUCUAAAUUAAAUGGAAAAUGUUAUUAAACAGCAGUUUUCAGAUCA